AUGGUCGACGCUGACCGCAAACGCUUGAUCACCACACACAAAACUCGCGAGUUUCCAGCGCUCGCCAUGGUUCGGGUUGAGGUAAGCUCGCUCGAGGAGAUGGAUCUCGAGGAGAUACAUAUCGUGUGUCUCAAGGGUGAUUUCCAGGGUUUAGACACGCUCCUUCCCAACAGGGAGAUCAUUGAGGCUAGAACAGCACUAGGAGAAACCCCGAUCAUGUUGGCGGCUCUCAUGGGGCAUGUGGAAGUGUUCGUGCUCCUUCGAGAGCAUCGGGCCAAUGUGGAAGCUGCCGACCUAUAUCGACGCAAGGUCAUCGCGUAUGCCGGGACAAGCCUUUUCAACAGCCUGAGGCGACAGGUGUUGGCGGGGCAUGGCUUCAUCGAGAAGCAUGGCGCAAACGAAGGUCGUCGUGCCAUCACCGAGCUGCUAACUAGUCCAGCCAUUCCUCGCCAAGUAGAGCCUGGGUCAGCAAGUGGUGGGAUUGUUUUCCGCACCAACUCCGUUGGGUUCGAGGCCUAUCUGCGCUUAGCAUACAUCAAGACACCAGGUAUCGAUCCGAGACUGAAGACAAUUGGGUUCAUUCGAAAGCAAAUGGAUCAUUCCCCACUCGCGUUCGCAGUCUCAGGCUGGAAGAAGAAUGACGUAUCGCAGACCACAGGUCUCCUUCAGGGUUCGAAGUGGACGAAGAUAGUACUCCGAAGAGUCGCACCGACCAUCGGAUUCAAGUUCAGACAUUUCGGCAAUGAUCAGGGCUACCGGCCAGGAAAAGUACCAGAAAGCAGAAAAGGUAUUUUCUUCGCAUGCCACGUUGAAUGUCAGCUGGCGGUCUGGUAUUGCUACGCAUUGCUGGCCGUCUUGAAGCCGGUGCCCAACAAGCGAUACCCUUCAGCCACGUACUUUGCCAGAAAUCUUCGGGAGCUGGCCCAUGCAUCUCUUGGUGAUUCCAGAGAGACGAAGAUCGAAAUCAAUCAGCCACCGUGUGAGAGCUGUGCGCGAUUUCUUCGAGCACUUACGAAAGUCACGGGGGUGAGCUUCGAAGUAUGUUACCGUGAAAGCAUGUCAUUAGUCCUGGCGGCCAUCAAAAAAAGGAAUUUCCUUCUUGCCCAUCAGGCUGAUCUGAGGGAGAUUGCUGAGGACUCUGGAAGUGAUACAGAUGGCGAAUGGGACGCCACCAAUGAUGAUAUCAUGCAAUCCGUGGAGCACAUGGAGAUACAAAUCGAUAUGAAUGACCCGUCGACACUCAGUGGCGCAGAGGAAAUGACUUUUAGACCAUUCACAAAGGCAGACUCCAUGAUGGACAAAGGUGAACAGAUCAAAUUCGGCGAUUCGUGCAACAGUGUUAGUCCAGACGAGGAAGAUGGUGAAUCGGAGCCAGAAGAAGACUACAGAGACGAAGCUAUCGACAUGACGUAUCACAGAUCUACCUCCAUUCGACCUCAACAUAUAUCCCAUAAUGCAUACGCCGAAUGCGGAUCCUCCUUCACUUUCCAGCGCCAAGGCGAAGACAAAAUUGAGGACUUCUCUAGAGCAAGUACGCCGGGUAUUGUUUUGGGUACACCGAUUUCCACGUCUGCCGAGCAGUCUGAUGCAUCUUCUGGUAGAAUCAGUCCGAAAAUCCCGCAUGGAACUGCGAUGCUUCCCAUCGUGGUUCCUUCGUCCCCGACUGAGGAUAGAAUAGCCGCCCAGAGAUUACAACACCCAUACAAACGACCGAAACAUACCAAGGUCUUUCGUCAAAAGAUGUGGGCUUCGGAGGAGAGAGCGCUAAUCGCAUUGAAGAAGGAAAAAAGGCAAGACAAGAGUCUGGCUGUCACCCCAAGACGUCUACUGGGCAGAAUGCCAGCCAGGGGAGUCGCAGUUAACAUCCAAUCUUCAGAAUCACAACUGGGCCCAUCGGCUUCUGAUAAGCAAAUAAUGGCGGAAGGAACUCGGGAAGAUAAUAGCCAGGUCAAUGAGCAGGCCAACGAUGCGCAGGAGUUGUUUGAUGAGCGGCUGUUCGCGCCAAUCCCACGGGUGGGGAUAUCGCAGCUCCUGAACGAGGAACAGAGCGUUUCAAUAAACCACCGAUCAGUCGAAGCACCAGUGGGUGAGUUUCAAUCAGUGAACUCUCGCUGUAUCCCUCGUACGGUUGAGCCCGGUAGAACCCUGCCGAAGACACCGGUAGGCCCUCCACGGACGAAUCGAAACAGGGCCCAGGGGCCUUUCUAUGCAACCCCGGAGACCCGAAGCAUAAUCACGGGUAAAGAACGGUUCCAAGAGGAGACUCGUCCAAGACGAGGAUAUUCUGACGAACAAGACGAUUUUGGCGACUGGCCCUGA